GGUCAAGCCUAUUUUUGCCUUUUGGCCCAGUAAUGGGUGGCUGUUACAUUACCUCCAGCGACCCUGGCCUGAUUAAAAAACAUUUAGCAGGUCACACAAGUUUUUAACAACGCCCCACGCAAACACUAUCUCUUUAAAGAGACAGCAGCAGUUUCACUUUUGAGCUUCAUAUCCCAGUGUUAACUAGUCUUGAAAGCAACUCAGAAGAAACCUCGCUUGCGCCAACUAUAUAUUUUGCCGACAACUUUUAUACGCAUCAACUGGUUUUUGUGCUUUCUACAUACGCGGUUGUCUGGUUGAUUCUUAUAUUGCGCAGUUGAGACAAACAACAAAGUUGUAAACGUCCACAUUUUUGUGCUGUUCGCUAUGACGAGAAGAGUGAAAACACGUUGUUGCGGCCUUUCCCUCCAGGUGGGGACUAAAAUCAUCGCCUUCUUUUCAAUGAUUGGCUAUUUGAUCCAAUUGGUCAUCGGCAUGAUUCAGUCGAGCAAUCUGAAUUUAAAUGACGAUUUGCUAAACCCCGUCGAGGCUUUCGUGAUCAUUUCCACGGUGAUUGUGAGCUCGGCUCUGAUUGCCUGCUGCGUUUUGCUUCUCCACGUUGCGUUCAGCAACAGUCGAUCCAUUCUGCUGGUACCUUGGCUCGUGGGCGACAUGCUGAUGAGAUCUAUUCACACAAUCAUUUUGAUCUCUGGCUUUAUCAUGGCGUUCACCGCCAAUGUUUCUCAUGGUGUUUCCACCGUCUUCAUCAUGUCCUGCUUCAUUGGCUUGGAAACGUACCUGUGGUGGAUUGUUUUGUGCUACUACAGAGAGCUCAGCCAUCACGAGUCAAACUGCAGAGGUGCGACGACAUCCGAACUCGUUUCCAUGUGAAUUUGCAAUUUUUUGUUAACUUAUCGCUUACAGAAUUGAGAAAUCAAAAUUUAACGAACGGUGUAUAAACCUAAUCACAUACAUACCGAAUGAAUUUGAUCACUGGUAA